UGGUGGAAAUGCUGCCCCAGCAGAGACCACGCCUCGUCACACGCCCACUCGUUUGCAAGAGCCAUGGCUGUAUGUAGACGCGCUCCAGUGAGGAAGGUAGACCCUAUUCCACCCAUAUCAUCAGUGUGGACUGGACUUCAAGACAACGUUCAAAUAUCUAAUGAUACAGUAACAUCACAUAUACUACUCCAGGUCAAAUUGGUGCAGGAAUGCAUCGACUGGGCGACGGCAAAUAGCCGUUUGUUCCUUCGUAGAACCCUAGAGGCACGGCUGAUCCGUCUCUACAACGAUAUCGGACGCUAUGUCGAUGCACAGAAAAUCGCUGGUCCAUUAGUUGCUGAACUGAAGAAAAUCGAGGACCGUGAACUGAUCAUGGAGGUCACGUUGGAAGAAAGUAAAAGCGCGUUCGCUCUGAAAAACUUUGGGAAGGCGAAAAACAUCGUUGGUCCUAGCAAGAACCAAUGCGAACGGUGCCUACGUUUCCACCCAGAUGCAGGUGGGAAAGCAGCGCUCGACUUACAGUCAGGGAUUCUCUAUAGUGCUGACGAGAAGGACUUCAAGACAGCAUACUCGUACUGCUACGAAGCCCUCGAAGGUUUCCUGAUUGCUGAUCCCCCUAAAGCAGUGCGCGCGCUCAAGUAUAUGUGCUUAUGCAAGAUAAUGUUGAACGAAGCCGAAUCAGUACCCCUGCUUCUCUCAUCCAAGGUCACUCUUACUACAUCGCGAUAA